UUUCUUCACCACACACACACUCCCCGAAGCUAUUACUAAAUGGUGAAAACGCGCAAAGUACCCACAGCUGACCACAGAAUGAAAUAGGAAACACAGGUAGGAAAAACAGAGAGCACGAAUAAAACACGAGUCUGUGUGUUGUGAAUCUGAGGCACGGUGAACACCGCUCUGCCCCGUGCGCGCAUUUUCAGCGCCAGAGGAAAACUUCUCCAGUUCAAAGAAGGAAACAACAACGACCAGGGCACGAGACAGUUUUACAACCAGAACCCGCACACAGAUGUGGGCCUGCUUUAGACCAGAGACCUAUUUUCUGUGAGACUGCAUCCACACAGCAUCUGAGAAGAUUUCGGGUUUGAUGCCCCCGGGAUGGGGAACAGCAGCAGUGACAGGUCCAGCGGGGGUCAGGGGGAGAGGUCAUUCAGAGAUGGACAGCAGGGAGGGAAAGAGGCACGUCCCAACAUCCUGAUCGACAGCACAGAGGACGGAGACCUUUUCCAAAGAGAAGAUGCAAAGGCGCCACAGGAAAUACAGGAAUUUCUGGCCUGGCAGCAGGACCUUGAGAGUGACAGCAAAAGUCAAACGCAGGACAGACCAACUGUGUUCAGAUGGCCGGGGGUCGCCAAGGAAGUCUUUGUGUCCGGCUCUUUUAACAACUGGGCCACCAAGAUCCCCCUGAACAAAAGCUCCAGUCAGAAGAACUUUGUGGCUAUUGUGGAUCUGCCGGAGGGAGAGCACCAGUACAAGUUUUGUGUAGACGGUCAGUGGACCUUGGAUCCUACUGGAGCCGUGAUGACGUCUAAAACUGGAACAGUUAAUAAUGUCAUCCAGGUGAAGAACACCGACUUUGAAGUCUUUGAUGCCCUCAGGAUCGACUCGCAGGAUUCUGCAGACAUCUCAGAAUUGUCCAGUUCCCCUCCGGGCCCUUACCAACAGGAUGCAUAUGCGAUCAAGUCAGAAGACAAGCUCAAAAACCCUCCUAUCUUACCUCCCCACCUGCUGCAAGUGCUGCUCAACAAGGACACAGGUAUCUCUUGUGACCCGACGCUGCUUCCAGAGCCCAAUCAUGUGAUGCUCAAUCACCUGUACGCCCUCUCCAUCAAGGAUGGGGUGAUGGUUCUCAGCGCAACACACCGAUACAAAAAGAAGUACGUGACCACUCUUCUCUACAAGCCAGUAUAAUCCACAGAUCCAUGAUCCAGACACUUAUUUUGAAAUAAUAAAACAAAAUGUCAGUUGUUGCACAUA